AUGUAUGGAAAAAUAUAUACAAUAUUAUUUGGACUUUGUUGUUUGGUAAAUUUAAUUAUAUGCGGCUUGCUAAUAUUUAUUAUUACUAAAACUAUAAAUGGUAAUCAAAAGCUUGACUGGGCUUUAAUUCUUUCUUUUUCUAUAUUUAUUAUUUUAACAAUUCUUUUAACAAUAACAUUUAUUCUUUGGAGAAAAUUUAGAAAAGAAGUUUUACUCAUUUUAUGUAUCACAUUUACGAUUGGACAAUGCUUAUGUAUUAUUGUGACUGGUGUUGCUUUUUAUGUCAAUGAAACACACACUUCAAAAUAUGUAUCAUUCGUCAAAAAUCCAUACACAUGGCUAGAGUUUCAUCGGUUUGUUUCUUUAUUAAUUGUUAUCUUGUUAAUUCCAAUAUAUAUUUGCCAACUGUUUGUCAUUAAUCGGCAUGGUGGUAGAGAAUAUAUAUCUAUGCCUACAACAGAAAUUAGUGGAAAAGAUUUAAUUGUUAGAAAAGAUACUCCUUACAAUAAUAGCCAAAAGAAUUUUAAAAAUUUACUUAUUAAAAAAUAA